AUGUGUGACCAGCAGAAGCAACCACAGUUCCCUCCAUCUUGUGUGAAAGGUUCGGGAUUGGGAGUUACUCAAGGUACCAAUGGUGCUUCUGCGAAAGGUCCCAUUGUAGGCUCUGCUACAGGACUGUCUCUGGCUCCAGCACAAACAUAUGUGAACUAUCCAGCUGCAGUCCCAGUUCAAACCUAUGUCAAGUACCAAGUUCCAUGCCAGACUCAAACCUAUGUGAAAUGCCCGGCUCCCUGCCAGACAUAUGUGAAGUGCCCAGUGCCAUGCCAGACAACCUAUGUGAAGUGCCCAGCUCCUUGUCAGACGUAUGUGAAGUGUCCAACACCAUGCCAGACAACUUAUGUGAAAUGCCCAGCUCCCUGCCAGACGCAGACAUAUUAUGUCCAAUACCCAACUACUCGCCAGAGUUACUAUGUUCAAGCUCCUGCAGGUGGCUCAACUUCCCAGGGCUGUGCUCCAGAUCCAUGCUCUGCUCCGUGCUCCACCAGCUACUGCUGUCUGGCUCCUCGGACCUUUGGAGUGAGUCCCCUGCGACGCUGGGUCCAGAGACCUCAGAGCUGCAACACGGGAUCCUCUGGCUGCUGUGAAGAUUCAGGAUGCUGCAGCUCUGGGUGUGGAAGUUCUGGAUGCUGCAGCUCUGGGUGUGGUGGUUCCGGGUGCUGCUGCUUGGGAAUUAUCCCCAUGCGCUCCCGAGGUCCCGCAUGCUGUGAUGAUGGUGAUGAAGAUGACUGCUGCUGUUAA